AUGCAAUUCGCGCUGCGAGAUCAGUUGACGGAAGCCGCGGUCGUCCCAAGCCGGGUGUACAUAGUUCGCCUGCGCUCCGCGCCUGCCACCGUCGCCUACGCGGGCGGUAUUCCCGGCUACCCUGCCACUGCCCCUACCGCUUCUUCUUCUGCAGUAGAUGGAGGGGCGGGACGAGCAGCAGCAGCAGGAGCAGCAGCGGCAGCAGGAACAGCAGCGGCAGCAGGAGCAGGAAACAAGCCGUUAACCUCCACGAAAUCAGCGGAAAUGGAUUGGCCACGUUGGAAGCAGCGCCCCGGUCCCCGUCCCCCUCGUCCCCCGCGUUUUCCCCCUCUUCCGCGCGCGCGCCUCAACACCCGUGCCUCACACGUGCGCGCAUUCGCCGCCAUGCUCUCGCGGCAGCAGCGCCAGGUAGCCCAGGACAUCCGCCUCCCCGCUCCCAACCUCCUCCACAGCUACACCUACACCAGCAACGCCUUCUCCGCCCUCCUCUCCCCUGAACAGCUCCAAACACUCAAAAGACACCCCAUGGUCGCGGAUAUUCGCCCCAGUGUGGUGAUCAAGCAGCUGACGACUGACUCGCCGCGGUUUCUGAAGCUGCCUGGGUCGCUGUGGAAGGCUGGUGGGGGACGGAAGAGGGCGGGCGCGGGCGUGGUGAUUGGGGUGGUGGACACGGGGAUCUGGCCCGAGCACCCCUCGUUCCGGAAGAAUCGCUCCUCCUCACCGGCAGACCGCCCCCCCCACUGGUCGGGCACGUGUGCGCGCACGUCCGACUUCAAGGGGUGCUCGUCGAAGCUCAUCGGAGCGCGCUUCUUCCUGGCGGGCUUUGCGGCCUCGGGAUUCUCCAUCAGCCCCUCGGGGGACUACCUCUCCCCCCGCGACACCAACGGCCACGGCACCUGGUGUGCCGGUGCAGCAGCAGGCAGGCACGGGGUAAUAGUCCGCCCACCCCUGCGCACCUCCCCAGGAGCAGCCAGUGGCAUGGCGCCAGGGGCGCACCUCGCCGUGUACAAAGUCUUCUGGCAGGAGGCGCAGUCAGGCGCCCUCUUUGCCACCUCUGCCGACGUCGAGGCGGCCGUUGAUGCGGCCGUGGCGGACGGUGUGGAUGUGCUCAGCCUGUCGCUGGGCGCUCUGGAUCCCAGUGCGACCUACUUUACGGACCUCACGUUUCUCUAUGCCCACGCGGCGGGCACGGUGGUGGCAUUUGCAGCGGGCAACGAGGGCUUCCCCGGAAGCGGCUACGAGAUGUACCGAACGAUCAACAACUUCUCGCCCUUCUACAUCACUGUUGGCGCCAGCACCAUUAAAAGGAGAAAAAAUAAAGAGAUCGCCCGGUUCCGAUCCGCGGGGCUCAAGUUGGAUCCCAGCAGGCGAAGCAGGCCUGUGUUUGUUGACUCGUACUCGUUGCCGCUUCUGCGGCUGGACACCCGCUCUGCAGCGCUGCUCCACGCGUUCCUACGGGGAACCAGGACCAGAGCUACUGCCGCGCUCAUUGCUUCUAUUCACUCCAUUACCAAAAUGGAUCCUGCUGUCCCUUACUUCUCCUCCACGGGACCUCUAGCUCCUGCCGACGACGCACCCUCGCCGCCCUACCCCACCAACGACAUCUUAAAGCCCGACAUUCUCGCUCCCGGCGUCAAGCUCUGGUCCGCCGCUCCUGGAAAAAGAGGGUUGAUUUUCCGCCGCGCUGCCUUUGCGAAGAUGUCCGGGACGUCCAUGGCGACGCCACACAUCGCGGGGAUCGCCGCGCUGCUGAUCCAGCGGCGUCCCGCGUGGACCCCCGCGCAGAUCAUGUCCGCGAUUAUGACGACCGCGAGCACGCGGAACAAUAAAGGCGGGAAAAUAAGGGGGUCGACGGGGGGACACGCGACCCCGUGGGAGAUAGGCUCGGGGAGGGAGGGAGGGAGCGAGAGGGGGAGUGAGAGAGGGAGUGAGGGAGCGAGUUCCAUGUCUGCGGCAGAGCUCCUUGCUCUCUCUGACGCGCACCUGUUGCAGCAGUGUGAGGUGGACACGUACAGGGCGUCAGGCCCUGGGGGGCAGCACCGCAACAAGACAGAGUCUGCCGUCCGCAUCCGGCAUAAGCCGACAGGCUGUGUGGCUCAGUCCUGUGAGCAGCGAUCACAGCAUAUGAACAAGGCCACGGCCCUCGUUCGCCUUCGCCAGGCCAUUGCCCUCACAGUGCGCACGCCCAUCCAUCUGCCAUCCUACGAGCCCUCGCCGGGCCUCCUCCGCAUCUUGCCUCGCUCUGCCUCCCAGCCUUCGAAGCUGAAGCAACACCAAAAACAGCAGCAGCAGCAGCAGCAGCAGCAGCAGCCCUCCAAUGGCGACGCUGCCACUGCUGCCAGCCCAACCCUGUCGGAAGGAGUGCCUGUUGGCGGGGACAGCACUGCUGCCAGUAGCAGUGGUGGUGAUGCUGGCACUGGCAGUGGUGCUGGUGGGAGUGGGAGUGCGAGUGGGAGUGGGAGUGGGAGUGGGAGUGCGAUUGGGAGUGGGAGUGCGAGCAAGGCAGCAGCAGUGAGGAAGGUGAAGGAUCGCAUUGGGCCGAACCAUGCUGACUUCCACAAGGGCGCCAGUGAGCUUCUGGACGUGCUAUCAGCCCAUGCUGGGAAUGUCUCUGCUACGGCCACCACCCUCGGUAUCUCGACAGGCGCCCUGUCGAAGCUGCUGCUAUCUGACCGGGGCCUCUUGCAACGAGCCAAUGAGCUGAGAGCUGCCAAGGGCUUGAAGCCUCUCCGGUGA